UUAAUAAAUAUUAAUUCAACGUUAUCAGUGUUACGCAAUUAAACUACAAAAACUACAACUAAGCUGCAAUGCCACACAUACGCACACAACUGAUCCUUGUGAUCAUCAGUCUUUUGGGCUAUCACGCACGCAUCGAUGCACAAAAUACAGAACCACCUUGUAGUUUUCCUGGUUCACCAGCCCACAGCACAGUCGUAUUUUCCAGCGCGAACUUGACGCAUGGCACUGUUGCUUCCUAUACAUGCGAACGCGGUUUCGAGCUGCUGGGACCGGCGCGACGUGUUUGCGAUAAAGGCACUUGGGUGCCAGACGGCAUACCGUUUUGUGUUCUCAAUGUCGCCGCCGGCAAAGCGCCAAUGCAAAUCUCUACCGAUGGCCCCGGUGCACCACAAAAAGCUAUCGACGGUUCAACAUCGGCAUUCUUUACACCGGAAACCUGCUCACUUACCAAACCAGAACGUUCACCCUGGUGGUAUGUGAAUUUACUGGAGCCUUAUAUGGUGCAGUUAGUGCGUUUGGACUUUGGCAAGUCAUGCUGUGGCAACAAACCCGCCACGAUUGUGGUACGCGUCGGCAACAAUCGUCCCGAUCUUGGCACUAAUCCGAUUUGUAAUCGCUUCACGGGUCUACUCGAAGAGGGUCAACCACUAUUUUUGCCUUGUAAUCCACCCAUGCCCGGUGCUUUUGUCUCCGUACACUUGGAGACGAACACACCAAAUCAACUGUCCAUUUGCGAGGCUUUCGUUUACACCGAUCAGGCGUUGCCUAUUGAACGCUGUCCCACCUUCCGCGACCAGCCACCUGGUGCGCUCGCUUCAUACAAUGGCAAAUGUUACAUCUUCUAUAAUCGCCAGCCAUUGAACUUCUUGGAUUCGCUUUCAUUCUGUCGCUCACGCGGUGGCACACUGAUCAGCGAGAGCAACCCGGCGCUGCAGGGUUUCAUUAGUUGGGAAUUGUGGCGUCGUCAUCGUACCGAUAUUAGCUCACAAUACUGGAUGGGUGCUGUACGUGAUGGCACAGAUCGUAGCACCUGGAAGUGGGUCAAUGGUGAGGAAGUAGCGGUCUCAUUUUGGAAUCAUCCAGGUGGUGAUGAGGAUUGUGCACGUUUCGACGGGUCGAAGGGUUGGCUCUGGAGUGACACCAACUGCAAUAUGUUGCUGAAUUUCAUAUGCCAACAUCAGCCAAAGACCUGCGGUCGUCCAGAGCAGCCACCCAACUCAACUAUGGUCGCAUUAAACGGCUUCGAAGUGGGUGCUCAGAUCAAUUACUCUUGUGAUGCGAAUCAUUUGCUUGUGGGACCGGCUACACGCACGUGUUUGGAGACAGGUUUCUACAAUGAAUUCCCGCCGGUUUGUAAAUAUAUCGAAUGUGGACUGCCCGCUUCUAUCCCGCAUGGCUCAUAUGAUCUGAUUAAUGGCACCGUCGGUUAUCUCAGCGUAGUGAAGUAUGCUUGUGCUAAGGGCUAUGAGAUGAUCGGACGUGCCGUACUUACUUGCGACUUUGACGAGCGCUGGAACGGACCACCACCACGUUGUGAAAUCGUCGAGUGCGACACACUGCCAGGCAACUACUACAACACCAUCAUAUCCGCACCCAAUGGCACAUACUACGGUUCUAAAGCCGAGAUCUCCUGUCCACCCGGUUAUCGUCUCGAAGGUCCACAAGUGCUCACCUGCUUGGCUACCGGGCAAUGGAGCAGUGCUUUACCUCGUUGCAUACGGCUCGAACCCUCUACACCAGCACCGACGCUACCACCAACACGUCCACCAACUCAACCGCCCACAGCAUCACCGGCUCCGCCGUCGACCACUUCUUACAAACCACGCAUUACCUCUACUUCAAGACAGCCUUCUUAUAAACCCACAACCAGCACUACCCAAACCACCAGCACCACAGCGCAAUUGGAUCUACUUAGCGGCGACUCUGAUGAAGAGGUCACCUAUGUUGUACCCGGCACGGUGCGUGAAGAAUUCCCACCACGUCGCACCCUACGACCUGUGUCUAUACCGAAACGUUCCAGCACCACACCGGCAUAUCAUGCGCCAACUACAACGACUACAACCACCACAACUGCCCGGCCACGUCCUUAUGCGCCCGUGGAGUCCACCACUCGCAACACUCAGAACAUUAUACUUAACGCACAUCCACAGGAUAAUGAAAUCGCCGAUAGCGUCAAUAUACGACACAAUCAAUCGCCGAAUGUCAAUGUACCGUUCGCUGUGGACAAUGCCGAUCGCAAGGAGACAAAGGAGGCUAAACUCAAUUUGGGCGCCAUUGUUGCUUUGGGCGCUUUCGGCGGUUUCGUUUUCCUCGCUGCCGUCAUCACGACAAUUAUCAUUUUGGUGAGAAGAAAUCGCACUACCCAGCACUAUCGCCAUCGCGCCUCGCCCGACUGUAAUACAGUGGCCUCAUUUGAUAGCUCUACUUCGGGUUCACGUAAUGGUCUAAAUCGUUACUACCGCCAAGCUUGGGAAAAUCUACAUGAAUCUGCUUCGAAGAGCAGCACACAACAUGCUUUACGCCGCAAGGAUACGCUUGAUCCACCAACUAUGCAUUCCCGUGACAAUUUACGCGAUAAUAUGCAGCGUUCCAGAGAGAAUCUGGAUCGUGUCGGACGUGAGAACUACGGCAUGCGUGAUAACUCUGAAAUGGUCGUUUCCGAUGUCCGUCUAAAAGCUGGCGAAAAGAAACGCCACCAUCACCAUCAUCACAAGAGCAGCACACGCAAUGGUGAAUAUCGAGAUCAAUCGGCUGGCAGACGGGAGCACCAUAGACAUAGCGGCGAACAUUAUUGACCAACCAUGGUGAUUACCAUAAAUGUGGACCGAGAAGCCGAUACUUUUACGCGAUACAUUUACACAUGAACAACGAAAAUAUUUCAUUUUAAGCACAAAUUAUUAAGAGUAAAUGUAUUUUGUUAAUAUUACCGCUAUGUUAUGUGCAAUCUAAGCUAAGUGAGUGGCAGUACGAAAAGCAAAUGCUUAGCGCUGACAUUUCUAAUAGUUAAUAUGUAAAGCGAAAAACAUAAGCAGUCAGUAGAUUACCCUAAAAAUUACGUUGGAGGAGUAAAAGCGUUGGUUUGAAAAGGCGUGUAGAGCAGUUGCAAGGAGAGAUGAAAAAAUGCAACUCCAUUUGUUUGUUGGAUUAGUGCUUUUAUUUAUAGCUCACUUUUUUGUUUUAACUUAGUUCGAGUUUAAUUAGUUUUAAUUUGUGCACAAAGUGAAACAGAAAUAGAAACAGAAAAUGUAAAAAUGUAGCAGAAACAGAAAAUGUAGCAGAAAUUGUUACGGAAACAUAUGUGUAACUGCAUUGAAAAAUGUAACUGUAACGCAAAUGGAAACAAAAACUGUAACAGAAAAAGAAAUUAUAACAACAACAGAAACUAUAACAGAAACAGAUUUCUAUCUGAAACUAUGUAACUGUAACUAUAACUAAAGUGAAAACAAAAUUGUACAGAAACUUUGGCAAAUUCUGAACUGUACCUAAAACGGAACAUUUAACUGCAAAGGAAACUGCAACAACAACUGUAGCAAAAACAGCAACUAUAACAGAAGCAGAAUCUGUAACAGAAACUGAAAAGUGACAGUCACUGUAACAGCAAGUUUUUCUCCACAAAAAUGUGUCUAUAAAUUUCUCUACACCCAAUCACUCAUUCUACUGCUUACUUUCUUAUAUCCUGUCACGACUUAUAUCUACUUCUUUUAUUUUCCACAAAUUAUGAGUAGCUUGGUUGAGUUUAAUUUCCUUUUUGCAUAUUUUUAAGCUGAAUCGAUUUAUUCAUAGUAACCAUACAAGAAAAAGGAAAAUCUGUUAGUCUUUUAUUAGCAAACGAAAAUCCACAUUUAAUCUUUUUAUGUAUUUAUUUACAAUCAACCUUCACACACACACACACACGUACCCAUACGACGUUCACAUGCAUUUAGUUGUUAACAAAUUAGAUAAAAGAGAAUACAUAUAUAUAUUUAUUUGUUAAUUAGUGUGCCAUUUCCGGCAACUUACACAUUAAUUAUAAAGCGCUAUACAUAUUAUUACA